GAAUGCCCAUCGCCUUCGAACAUCCUCAUCUCUCCGCGACCCUAGAUGAUACCCGACGUCUCGCUACAAAGCGCCACAAGCACUGCGCCCAAGCUCGUCAAGCUGAACACCAAUCAUGGCUGAUUCCGACUACGAUUUCGAGGACGACGUGUCCGACGACGACUAUGUUGGCGCCAAAGGCAGCACGUCCAACACGCGCGCACAGUCUACGGCAGCUAGCAAGAGGCGAAAGGUUGAGGUGCCUGAGAAGGAGGCACCACAGCGAAAGGCAUGGGAGACGGAAUACUCGCGAACCGUGGAGAAGACGAUACAGCCGGCAGAAGACAGCAAUCUGGGACAGAGCGUACAAGAGCGCGAAGAGGAACGCAAGCGCAAGCGAUUACGCAAAGAUACAAAGCCCUUUCAGCGAGGCAUAAUAAGACAUGUUGUACUGGUGCUUGAUCUCUCAGAAGCAAUGCUCGAGAAAGACAUGCGGCCGAACCGCUUCAUCACCAUGGUCAACUACACACAAGAUUACAUUCGCGAGUUCUUUGAGCAGAACCCAAUCUCCCAAAUGAGCGUCCUCGGCAUGCACGACGAACGCACUCGAGUUGGCGAGGGCGACACUAUACCACACGCCCAGCCACGGUACGCGAGAGGUCAUUGUUGUCUUUGGCAGCCUGUUGAGUCUGGACCCUGGCGACAUCCACCAGUCGGUCAAGGCAUGUGUGAGGGACCGGGCGACGAGUCCGAAUACACCAUCGCUACAGACCAAGAGAUGCUUAAGGAGCUGCUUCUAGCCACCACGACGCCGCCUGUCAUCCGACAGCCUCUGCCUGCAACCACGGCUGCAUCCACACCAUCAGCGCAAUCCUCGGAAUCAGCAGCGGCACUGAUGAUGAUGGGCUUCCCCUCGCGUGUAGUCGAAGACCAGUUGACCAUGUGCGCGUGUCACGGCAACUUGACAAUGGGCGGGUAUACGUGCUCUCGAUGCAGUGCAAAAGUGUGCUCCCUGCCCAUCACCUGCCCCUCGUGCCAACUGACGCUUCUCCUCUCUACGCACCUGGCACGCUCCUAUCAUCAUCUCUUUCCUCUCCGCAACUGGGCCACCGUCUCCUGGUCGCGCGCCCGUGAGGUGGGCAGCAGGCAGUGCGUUGGCUGCUUAGCCGACUUUGCUGCCCCGCCGAGCAUCAGCAAAGAGAAGGGUGAGGCUGCACAAGGGGGUGAAACCAACGGCGCAAAGAGGAAUGACGACGACAGCGAAGAGCAAAAGGCGAGUGAAAGUGGCCGAUAUGAAUGCCGGGCUUGCGAGAGCCAUUUUUGCAUUGAUUGCGACAUGUUUGCGCACAUGGUGCUGCACAAUUGCCCGGGAUGUCUGGGAAGACUGGAUGCCGAGGCGGCGGCCACGAGCAAUGGGAGAAGAAGCAUGGCGGCAUUCAAACGAUUGAUUCGGUUCGAGGAUGCCGAGGGCAAGACGGUGUAUGGGGAUUUGGAAAAGGAGGUGCCUACGAGGGAAAUCGAAGGCAGUACUGUCGAGGUACUGGAGGGCGAUGUGAAGAGUGGCUUCAACAAGGCCGGCAGCAAGGCCAAGGUUGCCAAACUGCUGAGCCCGUUACCCACUACCAACAUUGUCCUCUGCGUUGGACUCAACUACCGCAAGCACGCCGAAGAAUGCAACUUUCCAAUUCCACAGAAUCCAGCCAUCUUCAUGAAGCCCAGCGACGCACUGGCAGGACCGCUAGACGAUAUUCCCAUCCAUGCGUCGUGCCAGUCGCAACUCGACUACGAAGGCGAACUCACCAUUGUCGUGGGCCGCGACUGCAAAAACGUGGCUGCGGCCGACUAUGCCUCGUACGUUCUCGGGUACACGGUGGGCAACGAUGUGUCUGCGCGAAACCACCAAAUUCCCGCCGGCGUAUCCGGAGGGCAGUUCGGGUACGCAAAGUCAUUUGACAAGUUCUGUCCCAUUGGGCCUUGCAUUGCUAGCACCGAAAUCAUUCCCGAUCCGCAGAAGCUGCGGUACUGGACCAAGGUCAACGGGGAGAAGAGACAGGAGACGGGGACGGACGAUAUGAUUUUCAACGUGGGGCAGAUUAUCGAGCAUUUGAGCCGCGGGACAACGUUGCGGGCGGGCACGGUGAUUCUGACGGGAACGCCGAGUGGAGUGGGGCUUUUCAUGGAGCCCAAAGGGUUUUUGAAGGAUGGCGAUGAGGUGGAGAUUUACGUCGAGGGGAUUGGGAGUCUGGUGAACCGGAUGAAGUUUGAGUAGUUUACCCACAUACAUGCACGCAUAGACACAUUAGGUAAGACCUGACAUAGC